CCCAUAAUAAUAAAUUUUUGAAAAGGUCAAUAUUUUAUCACUUACACGGCCAUAUGUUUCUUAAAUUCAGAAACCAGAGAGAGAAAGAGGAAGAGGGAGGGAGGUGUUGUUUACAUCUUUGAGUGGGUGGACUCAGUGUGAGACUGUGAGUUACAAGGGUAAGGUUUCUUUGUCUGCUUUCCUUUGGUAUGUUAUUCAUGGUGGAGAGGUGUGAAGAGAUGGUAUUGUCAGUGGAUUAUCACAAGGCAGUUCCCGCACCCUUCCUGACUAAGACAUACCAGCUUGUGGAUGACCCCCGCACAGAUCACAUUGUAUCUUGGGGAGAAGAUGAAACUACCUUUGUGGUCUGGAGACCCCCUGAGUUUGCAAGAGAUCUCCUACCCAACUAUUUCAAGCACAACAACUUCUCAAGCUUUGUUCGGCAGCUCAAUACCUAUGGAUUUAAAAAGAUCGUCGCAGAUAGGUGGGAAUUCGCAAAUGAGUUCUUUAGGAAAGGAGAAAAACACUUGUUAUCUGAGAUCCACAGAAGAAAAACAUCUCAAAGCUCUCAACAGCAUCAGCAACACAACAUUGAUCCCACAACCCAGUUUUUAAACCCUGAUGAAAAUGGUGGUUGGAUUGAGCCUGCUCCAUUACCACCCUCCAACCGAGAAUCAGAUUUCUUAUCCGUGCUUACGGAGGACAACCAGAGACUGAGGAAAAGGAAUUUCAUGCUCUUAUCGGAACUAACCCACAUGAAAAAGCUGUACAACGACAUCAUCUACUUCCUCCAGAACCAUGUAAAACCAGUAGCUCCAGACCAAAGGUCCACGAGCUCGGGGCCUAAACUCAUAGAAAUCGCUCCUUCCUUUCAGUCCCAAACUCUUUUAAGCUUUCAAACAUUUAAAACAUGUGGUACGAGUAGCUGCUCUGUGACAUUGACCGAGGAGCCAAACAACACUGUGAAGCUCUUUGGGGUCUCUCUGAGUGGGAAGAAGCGAUUGCACCCAGAAAAGAUUGAUCCUGAAGAGUCAUAAUGUUGGGUAUGUUUUAGCUUUCUUCCUCACUAAAGAGAUAUUAAUAUUCUAGUACUCUUGAGAGAUAUUAUCAUUAGGAAGAAGGCUAUGUAAAUAGGAACCAAAUUAAUGGUUAGACAAGGUGAUGCGAACUUUCCAGAAUCAGUAUUAGUAUUUGAUCCAUUGUUGUCUCUAA